GAAAUCGGCAACAACGCACACAACACGUGAAAAAAUCUGACAUAACCUCACUAAAAAUUUCAAAAUUUCUCUUGGAUUUUGUAUUUUAUUUUUGUAUUUUACGUGUUUUUUGUGUUUUUAUAUUUAUUUCAAUCGUUUCUAAGAUGGAUAUUGCAGUGAAUUUCAAAGGCGGCGGUUCUAUUGUGAAAUUGAAGCCCGUUUUUUCCAUAGGCGGAGAAAAUGUAUUUGUGGCAUCGAAAAAUUCCAUUCUACAGUACAACACCAAAACAGGAAAAUUAGUUUACUCCUACAAAGGAUGGGAUACCGAUAUCGUAGGACUAAACUUUGGUAUCAUUGACAAUUUAGGAUGUAUUGCGGCUUGUUCCAAAACUGGAAAAGUUAUUAUUUGGACAAUCACAAAACGAGUCAAAUUGUAUGAAGGGAAAAUUCCAAAACAAAACAUAAUUUUCUUUCAACUAAUAACGUGGGACUUGGCUAAUGAACUAAACGUUUUGAUGGGGUUUAAAAAGAAGACCGAAAUACGUUUUUCCGUGAGGAACAUUAAGCAGAAAUCAGAAGAGCAGAGGAAAAUAAUUUUUAAAAUUCCCAAACAAAAAUGCUAUAUCGAUGUGUGCCAAGACAAGUAUUUUUCAGUUGUUGCUAAAAAUACUGUUUAUUUUGUUAACUUGCAAACAUUGAAAGUUUCUAGACACUCUAUGCAAGAAAACAACAGAAAAUUCACAUGCGUAUCUUGUCAUCCGAAAGACGAAACAGUUUUAACAGGAGACGACACAGGACGUAUAGUCAUGUGGCAAAAUAUAUUUUCCACCAAAAAAACCCAGGCAAUUUACCAUUGGCACACCCUGCCUGUAAAAUCGCUAGCAUUUUCAACAUUGGGCAGUUACUUUUACAGCGGAGCCGACGAAUCCGUCCUUGUCAAAUGGCAAUUGGACAAUCCGAACCGGAAGCAGUUUUUGCCAAGGCUUCCGGCUGGUAUUUGUCAGUUAACAGUGUCUGAUAAUAAUGCCUAUACUGCUGUGGCGACAACCGAUAAUGCUGUGAGGAUUGUGGACUCGAGGAUGAACCAAAUUAGUCUCAUACAGCAUUUGGUUUUGGGUAAUCAGUUUGAAAGUGGGAUUAUUUACGAUCCUAUAACGAGGGCCUUGGUUAUGAAUGGCAACAUUGGUUGUGUACAGUUUUAUUCGCCCAAUGACAUGUCUUUGUUGUAUAAUGUAGACAUAGUAAAUCAAAAUAAAAUUACCGAUGAAAGAGAAUGUAAACUAGAAAACACUGACGUUCAAAAAAUAGCUUUGAGUAAAAGUGGUAAAUGGCUGGCUACUGUAGAAGAAAGAACCGAACUCAAUGUUUGUAAAGAAAUCAGACUCAAAUUCUGGCAUUUUAAUAGUGAAAAUCAGAGUUAUGAGUUAACAACUUCUGUAGAGUUUCCUCACGAGUCAUCGAUCAAUUCCAUAGCGAUACAGCCGUCAAUUGAAGAGGACAAUUUGAAAUGUAUCACUGUGGGAAAUGAUAAAAUGUUCAAAAUCUGGCAAUUGUUUCAAGUCACUUCUGUUCACAGAUCCGGCCCUAUUUGGAAAUGCAUCAACAUUGGCAAAUUCAGAGACCUGCCAUGCCAAGGCCUCACAUUCUCAAUAGACGGUUCCUUAUUCGCCACAGCGUUCGAUUCAAUCCUAACGAUAUGGGCCACGGAAACCUGCGAACUCAAAUGUUCCCUCAUCCAUUCAAACUUUAAAGAAAAAAUAAAAUUUAUCCAAUUCGGCCAGGGUAAUCAGUGCCAUUUAGUUACUACUGCGAGCAGCAGCCAAUUGUGCGUUUGGAACAUACUCACCCUUACGAUGACUUGGGCGGUGACUUUGAAGAAUAUUAAUCUACUGGUUUCGGAUCCUUUGUCUAGUCACAUGUUGGUGAUGUGCGGUACCAAGAAGAAAAAAACUGUGACUCAUAAGGUUUAUGUUUUUGAGCCUGUAUCUCCUAAUGUAAUAUAUUCUAGUCGGGAUUUGAUACAAAUAAACGAGAAAAUCGUGACAGCAACAUUUGUGCCUAGUAUGUAUAGUAACGAUACUAGAUUGAAAUGGUAUGAACGAGCUAAUUUGUAUUUUAUGACAGCUAAUAGUGAAUUAUACUGUAUAAGUAAAAGCGAAGAGCCGUACAAUUACGACUAUCAAAAUGAAGACCUAUCAGACCAAAUAUCAGUUUUCAGUAAAAUGAAGCCUCAAGUGCAAAUAAGUGAAGUCACUCGUGCCAUUAAACAUCAUCUGUUUGCUAAAGAUAUGGGAUAUAGGAGUUAUAGAAAGUAUUUGGAAGCUCCGAUUGAAACUCUACCUCCCAUAAGACUUUUGGCGGUUUCGCUGCUCAAAAGUUUGGUUUUGCAACGGGACAAUUUACCAUCAAUAAAUUGAUUUCUGUUAAUAAAAUUAUUAUAGGAA